AUGGGAACUAGACAGGGGUGCCGAAUAGCGCCUCUUCUAUUCAUCAUCUUCAUGGAAAUGGUGAUCAGAGAAGCCAACCUGGAUAUCAGCUUGAGCAUGCCUUGUGAGAGCGAGGGCAGUACGGAAUCCGUGGACCUCUCAUGUCUCCUGUUCGCGGACGACAUCGUUUUAUUGGCGGAUGAUGAUUCUAUUCUUCAGCGUAACUUGGAUAAGCUUUCGGCAGCUUUGACUAGGUUUGGCAUGGAAGUGUCCUUACCUAAGACGAAAUGCAUGAUCUUAUCUGAGGGAUUGGGUGAUUCCAAUCUGCGUUUGAAGAUAGGUGACUCUAACGUCGAAGAAGUAGAUAAGUUCGUCUACUUAG